UGAGCACCGAUAUAGAAUAAACCAUCAGUCAGUGUAGAUACGAGUACUACAUACAUACGAAGUAUAUUCGAAACAAAAACAAUACUACAUUACAAAGAGUCUAACUAUAUAGUUGUGAAAAAAAGUACACGCGACCCAACAAAAAUGCUUUGCUACAGGAAAUUUUUAAUAUUUGCCACGUUGUUGAUCUGCUGUGCAGCGGUCGAAGAUGUGCAAGUGGAGGACUUGACGGACUUGGAGGAACCAUGUCCAAUGGUGUGCCCUGCUUUAUAUGCACCGACUUGUGGCUUCGACGGCCUUGACUAUCAGGAAUUUGUCAAUCCCUGCGUGCUGAAGGUGACCAAUUGCGAGCGAACGAAGGAGCGCUCGUUGUUGAAGAAACCAUUCGCUCAAACCGACAUGGAUUGGUGUUCCACAAAGUUGAUUGGCAAUAUCUAUGAUUUUCUAAGUAAAAAGAAUGUGACUUUCAAUAAGUCGGAAUGUUUGAGAGCCUGCCCGAUGAUCUAUCAGCCAGUGUGUAUUUCGAAUGGCAAAUAUCGUGGCACCAUUCCCACCGCUUGCCAGCUGGAGGAGCUGAACUGUGCACUGAAAGGCACUAAAUUGGGUUCCACUCUCUUCAAGGUGCUGAGCGCUCAAAAAUGCGAGCAAGAUUAAAAUUUCCGCUUCGGGGCUAGCAUCUGUUUGCGCUUGUGCCAACAAAUAGUUAGCUGUUCAAAAUUAAAGUUACAAAGAAAAAAGUUGAAUAAAAAUAUGGCAGAUAUUAACGAA